AUGGCGAGCGCCGGCGCGGGGAGGGCGGACAGGCAGGGCGCGAUGAACAAGGAAAAGGUGGCCCAGCAGUUCGUCAAAUUCUACUACACCGUGCUGAACGACAAGCCGGACUACCUGCACCAGUUCUACGGCGCCAACAGCACGGUGGUGGUGUCCGAGGCGCAGGACUCCGGGGCGCCCAUCAAGGUCGACGCCAGCUCGGAGGAGGAAAUCGGCAAGCUGCUCUGCACGCUGUUCGCGGACGUGACGGUCGCCGUGGACACGUCCUUCCCGCAGGAGUCGAUCGACGGCAGCGUCCUGCUGCUGGUGUCCGGAAGGAUGACCCGGAAGGGAGUUGAUGAAGAGCGCUUCUUCACCCAGGCCUUUCUUCUGGCACGCCAGCCAAGUGGAUUCUAUAUCAGGACCGACACUCUCCAAGUCCACAACAGAGGUUCAUGCUGUAGAAGUGCCUCUGAUGCCACACAGGCGAGCUCAGGCUCCUCAGGAGCAGCGCAUCCCACCAGGGGGCCUUCUGCGCCUGAGCCCCAGCCCGAGUCCAAGCCUUUGCUGAACAACCACAGUGGCUCGGUCGUUCGAUCCCGGGACGUCAGCGGGCUGGGCCUUGGGCCAGUCGCGAACACAGGCGGACUGGCAAGCGAUGCGGUGGACGAUGGUUCUGCGCCAGGAGCAGUACACAGCCUGGCUCGCCCCCACGUUCUGGACAGCCUGAGCCUGGAUGCAGACCAGGGCAGAAGAGAGAUGCAGGGAGUGGGCGAAAUCGCUCCCACCAUGGUGGCUGCAGUCUCCAGCGCCGCCGCUCCUGGUGGCAUUCCCACCAGUGGUGGGGUGGCUGCUGAGAAUGGAGUCAAGGACCUGGAGGUCGAGCCACCAAGCCAAAUCGUGGCACCGAUUGAAAAGCCGAUAGAUGUGGUUGCGGAGGCCCCACCCUUGGAUGCUCCUGCGCCCCCAGCCGUCCAUGCUUCAACCGCUGCCCCUGUCCCUCAAGCUGUCGCGGCUGUGGCGCCUCCACAACCUGUCGUGGCACUUACCGGCACUGAAACUGCCACAGAUGCCCCCAUCGCAGGGGAAUAUGUCCAGGCUCCUGCGAGCACUCAAAAGAUGUCCUAUGCGCAAAUCUUGAAGUCGCGCGCUGCUGCAGCGGCGAGUCAAGCCCAGCCAGUCUCACAGGCUGCCCCGAAGCCCGCCUCCGAUCCAGUCUCUGUUUCCCAGUCUGCAUCUGAGCUACAAACCCAGGGGUGGAACGCGAGGCCAAGGGACAAGAGGAGGACUCGAAUGCCCUCCCAGGGCGAUGGCAGCCAUGGCUUCUAG